CAGACGACGACGCAGAUGCAAGCGGGGCUCUAGGGCGCGGAGGUGUUCUUCUCUCCCUUUUCUUUUUCCCAUCUUCUCAGAGUUACUUCUCUUGUCAUCUUCCAUUCUGUUGUUGUGGUUACGAAGUGUGUGGAGUAGUUUUUUUUUUCCCCUUGACAUUCCUGGAUUGUGUGAGUGUGUUAGCUUUACAGAGAAAAAACAAUGGCUGAUCAACUUACAGAAGAACAAAUAGCUGAGUUUAAAGAAGCCUUUAGUUUAUUCGACAAAGAUGGUGACGGCACUAUCACUACCAAAGAACUGGGAACAGUCAUGAGGUCACUAGGUCAGAAUCCAACAGAAGCAGAGUUACAAGACAUGAUCAAUGAAGUAGACGCUGAUGGAAAUGGAACAAUAGACUUCCCAGAAUUCUUGACAAUGAUGGCCAGAAAAAUGAAAGAUACAGAUUCAGAAGAGGAAAUAAGAGAAGCCUUCAGGGUGUUUGAUAAAGAUGGCAAUGGUUUCAUCUCAGCUGCUGAGUUGCGACAUGUUAUGACAAAUUUAGGUGAAAAACUCACAGAUGAGGAGGUGGAUGAAAUGAUCAGGGAAGCUGAUGUUGAUGGGGAUGGCCAAGUAAAUUAUGAAGAGUUUGUGUCUAUGAUGUUAUCAAAGUAACUCAAGUCCACUCAAGCUUCUUAGAUGUGUUCUUUUGAUAAUUUUAUUGAACUGACCAAUGUGAUUUAUCAUUCCAGCUAUUUUGUUUAUAAGACUCAUACAUCUAGAUCUUAUUUUAUUUAGCCUGCAUUUGAAAGCGUCCGUCUGCUGAGUUUGAAUCAUUCUUAUUUUAUUAUUUGUUUCAUUCCCACAUCAAAUAGUCAUACAUUUUUUUAUAACAAUUUUAUUUUCUCAUCCUAUUUUUUAAAUUAUAAAAUAACCUCCUUAAAUUUGAUUGGCUAAAAAUGUUAUGUUGAAUGACACCGUUAUAAUAAUAAAACAAGACUGAUGUCUACAACAUUAAUAAAGUUAUUGUUCUCAAUUACAAGUU